CGAGCGGCGUUCCCCUUCCUCCCCCUCGCGGAGCGUCCUGUCACUGGUGGAAAAUGGCUGCUCGGAGUGGCUCCCCAAAGCUCGGAGCGAAGUGAAGGGAGGAACAAAAAAAAAGAGAAAAAAGUCCGCGUUAACUACAAGAGGUCACGACUGGAGCCCCUUUCGGCCACCCCCACGCGACCACUCGGGGACGAUGUCUCGCUGGGUGCCCACGAAGAGGGAAAAGUACGGCGUCGCAAUCUAUAACUAUGAUGCCCGAGGAGAGGAGGAGCUGUCGCUGCAGAUCGGAGACACAGUGCACAUACUUGAGACGCACGAAGACUGGUACAGAGGGCAUCGGCUGAGGAGAAGAUCCAAAAAGGGCAUAUUUCCUGCUUGUUACGUCCACCUGAAAGAGGCCACGGUCGAGGGCAAUGGGCACAAGGAGACGGUCAUUCCCACUGAGCUGCCCCUGGUCCAGGAGGUCACCACCACACUGCGGGAGUGGGCGACAAUAUGGAGGGAUUUGUAUGUGGGCGACAGACGGGAGAUGUUCAACUCGGUCCGUGACAUGAUCUACAGCCUCAUCGAAUGGCGUUCCCAGAUCCUGUCCGGCACCCUACCGCAGGACGAGCUCUCCGAGCUCAAGCAGAAAGUCACCUCCAAGAUCGACUACGGCAACAAGUACUUGGAUCUGGAUCUGGUGGUCAGAGACCAAGAUGGAAACAUACUGGACCCAGAGCUCACCAGCACCGUCAGCCUGUUCAGAGCUCACGAGGCGGCCUCCAAACAAAUCGAGGACCGGAUUCAAGAAGAGAGGUCUCAGAAGCAGAAUAUUGAUCUAAGCAGGCAAGCAAAGUUUGCCUCCACGCCAGCCUUUGCCCUCUUCGUGACUCUGAAGAAUGUGGUGUGUAAGAUCGGGGAGGACGCAGAGGUCCUCAUGUCUCUCUACGACCCAGUGGACUCCAAGUUCAUCAGUGAAAACUACCUGGUGAAAUGGUCAAGUUCAGGUCUGGUGAAAGACAUAGACCAGCUUCAUAACCUGCGGGCUGUCUUCACGGACUUGGGCAGCGAGGAUCUGAAGAGAGAGAAGAUCAGCUUUGUGUGUCAGAUUGUCAGAGUGGGGCGCAUGGAGCUGAGAGACAACAACACCAAGAAGCUGACGUCGGGUCUGAGGAGGCCCUUUGGAGUUGCAGUAAUGGAUGUCACUGACAUCAUAAUGGGCAAAACGGACGAUGAAGACAAGCAGCACUUUAUCCCGUUUCAGCCGGUGGCCGGGGAGAACGACUUCCUCCAGACAGUCAUCAACAAAGUUAUCACCGCCAAGGAAGUCAACCACAAGGGCCAAGGCCUGUGGGUGACUCUGAAGCUGCUUCCCGGAGACAUCCACCAGAUACGGAAGGACUUCCCUCACCUGGUGGACCGAUCGACAGCUGUGGCUCGCAAGAUGGGCUUUCCUGAGAUCAUCAUGCCAGGCGAUGUGCGAAACGACAUCUACGUGACUCUGGCGCUCGGGGAUUUCGACAAGGGGAGCAAGACCAAGCCCAAAAAUGUUGAGGUGAUCAUGUCCGUUUACGACGAGGACGGCAAGAAACUGGAGAAUGUGAUCUUCCCCGGAGCUGGAGAUGAGGGGAUCAAUGAGUACAAGACGGUCAUCUACUACCAAGUGAAGCAGUCCCGCUGGUUUGAAACCAUAAAGGUUGCUAUCCCGAUCGAGGACGUGAACCGGAGCCACUUGCGGUUUACCUUUCGCCACCGCUCAUCGCAAGACUCCAAAGACAAGUCGGAGAAGACAUUCGCUCUGGCUUUUGUGAAGUUGAUGAGGUACGACGGGACGACCCUGAGGGACGGCGAGCACGAUCUCAUCGUGUACAAGGCAGAAGCAAAGAAGUUGGAGGACUCUUCUCUGUACUUGUGCCUGCCCGCCACCAAGCUGGAGCUGGAGGAGAAGGGCUACUCCACCACGGGCAAGAACUCCCAGAACCUGGGCAACUGCUCCAUCAGCAAGGACUCCUUCCAGAUCUCCACCCUGGUCUGCUCCACCAAGCUCACGCAGAACGUGGACUUGCUGGGCCUGCUGAAGUGGCGCUCCAACACCAGCCUGCUGCAGCAGAACCUCCGUCAGCUGAUGAAGGUGGAAGGCGGCGAGGUCGUCAAGUUCCUGCAAGACACUCUGGAUGCCCUCUUCAACAUCAUGAUGGAGAACUCUGACAGUGACACUUUUGAUACUCUGGUGUUCGAUGCCUUGGUGUUCAUAAUUGGGCUCAUAGCCGACAGGAAGUUCCAACACUUCAACCCUGUCCUGGAGACGUACAUCCGGAAGCAUUUCAGUGCCACGCUGGCAUACACGAAGUUGACCAAAGUCCUGAAGAACUACGUGGAAAGUGCUGAGAAGCUGACGGAGCAGCUCCUGAAGGCCAUGAAGGCGCUGGAGUACAUCUUCAAGUUUAUCGUCCGCUCCAGAGUCCUCUUCAAUCAGCUCUACGAGAACAAAGGAGAGGCCGACUUCAUGGAGUCCUUGAGGAACCUGUUCACAUCCUUCAAUGACAUGAUGAACAGUAAUUCAGAGAACACUGGCAUGGUGAAGGGUGCUGCCCUGAAGUACAUUCCCACCAUCGUCAACGACGUCAAGCUGGUCUUUGAUCCAAAGGAACUCAGCAAGCUGUUCACCGAAUUCAUCCUCAAGGUUCCUCUUGGGCGCCUGGUGAAACAGAAGCUCGACUGUCUGAUUGACAUCGUCCACAGCGAUCUCUUUACUCAUCACGAUUGCCGAGAGAUUCUCCUGCCGCUGAUGACGGACCAGCUGAAGUUCCACCUGGAGAAGCGCGAGGAGCCCAAGGCUUGCUGCCAGCUGCUCAGCGACAUCCUGGAGGUGCUCUACAGGAGGGAUGUGGGUCCCACCCAGUGGCACGUGCAGAUCGUCAUGGAGAAGCUGCUGAGGACGGUCAACAGGACGGUCAUUUCGAUGGGCCGCGAGUCCCCUCACAUUGGGAGCUUCGUGGCCAGCAUGACUGCCACACUGAGGCAGAUGGACGACUAUCAUUACGCUCAUCUGAUCAGCACCUUUGGCAAGAUAAGGAGCGAUGUGGUGGAUUUCCUAAUGGAAACAUUUAUCAUGUUUAAAGAUCUCAUCGGGAAAAACGUCUACCCCUCAGACUGGGUCAUAAUGAACAUCAUGCAAAACAAAGUGUUCCUGCGGGCCAUUAAUCAGUAUGCAGCCGUGUUGAACAAGAAAUUUCUGGAUCAAACCAACUUUGAGCUACAGCUGUGGAACAACUACUUUCACCUGGCGGUGGCCUUCCUCACCCAGGAGUCACUGCAGCUGGAAAACUUCUCGAGUGACAAAAGAGCCAAGAUCUUCCAGAAGUACCAGGACAUGAGAAGACAAAUUGGCUUUGAAAUCAGGGACAUGUGGUACAAUCUAGGGCCCCACAAGAUAAAAUUCAUUCCAGAGAUGGUGGGUCCUAUGCUGGAGAUGACACUGGUUCCCGAGAUUGAGUUGCGGAAGGCCACCAUCCCCAUCUUCUUUGACAUGAUGCAGUGCGAGUUCCACUUCACGUGCACCUUCCAGCGGUUCGAGAAUGAGAUCAUCACCAAGCUGGAUCACGAGGUGGAGGGGGGCUGCGGAGACGAGCAGUACAAAGUUCUCUUUCAGAAAAUUUUGCUGGAGCACUGCAGGAAGCACAAGUACUUGGCCAAGACGGGCGAGAACUUCGUCACUCUGGUGGUUCGUCUGCUGGAGAGGUUGCUGGACUACAGGACCAUCAUGCACGACGAGAACAAAGAGAACCGCAUGAGCUGCACUGUAAACGUGCUCAACUUUUACAAGGAGAUAGACAGAGAAGAGAUGUACAUCAGGUACCUGUACAAGCUGUGUGACCUCCACAAAGAGUGCGACAACUACACCGAGGCGGCCUACACUCUGCUGCUGCACGCCAAGCUGCUGAAGUGGUCAGACGAGCAAUGUGCAGCCCACCUGAACCAGAGAGACGGCUACCAAGCCACCACUCAAGGACAGCUUAAGGACCAGCUCUACCAGCAGAUUAUCAAUUACUUUGACAAGGGCAAGAUGUGGGAGGAGGCCAUCAUUUUGGGAAAGGAGCUGGCUGAACAGUACGAGAAUGAAAUGUUUGACUUUGAGCAGCUCAGUGCAUCCUUGCGGAAGCAAGCCCAGUUCUAUGAGAACAUAGUGAAGGUCAUCCGGCCCAAACCUGACUACUUUGCCGUCGGCUACUACGGCAUGGGCUUCCCCUCCUUCCUCCGCCACAAAAUGUUCAUCUACCGAGGGAAGGACUACGAGCGCAGAGAGGACAUCGAGGCGCGUCUCCUCACACAGUUUCCCAACGCAGAGAAGAUGAAGACGACCACGCCGCCCAGCGAGGACACAAAGUGUUCUUCUGGACAAUACUUCCAGUGUUUCACUGUUAAACCCAUCCUCGACCUGCCCGCCAAGUUCCACAACAAGCCCGUCUCUGAACAAAUAGUGAGUUUCUACACAGUAAAUGAAGUCCAUAAAUUCCAGUAUUCCAGGCCAGCGAGGAAGGGGGAGAACGACCCCGACAACGAGUUUGCGAAUAUGUGGAUUGAGAGGACCACGUACACGACGGCAUACAAACUUCCUGGCAUCCUGCGCUGGUUUGAAGUCAAGUCGGUCUCCAUGGAGGAGAUCAGUCCUUUGGAGAUCGCCAUGGAAACGAUGCAGCUGACCAAUGAGAAGAUCAGCAGCAUGGUGCAGAGGCAUCUCAACGAUCCCAACCUUCCCAUCAGCCCCCUCUCCAUGCUGCUGAAUGGGAUUGUGGACCCGGCUGUUAUGGGAGGUUUCACCAACUAUGAGAAGGCCUUCUUCAAUGAUAAGUACAUCCAGGAACACCCAGAGGACCUGGAGAAGAUCGAGAAACUAAAGGACUUCAUCGCCUGGCAGAUCCCACACCUCUCCGAAGGUGUUCGCAUCCACGGAGAGAAGGUCACGGAGGCGCUGAGGCCUUUCCACGACCGCUUGGAGGCCUGCUUCAAGCAACUGCGGGAGAAGGUGGAGAAGCAGUACGGGGUCAAAACGCUGCCCGCAGCAGACGAGCGGAGGGGCUCUCGUCCUCACUCCAUGGUGCGCUCCUUCACCAUGCCCUCCUCCCAGAGGCCGCUGUCGGUGGCUUCCGUCACCUCCAUCUCCUCUGACAACUCCCCCUCCAGGCCCGGCUCAGAUGGUUUUGCCCUGGAGCCUCUCCUGCCAAAGAAGCUGCACAACAAGUCUCAGGACAAGCUGGACCGCGACGAGUCCGAGAGGGAGCGCAAAGAGAAAAAGAAGGAGAAGAGGAACAGUAAGCACCAGGAGAUCUUUGACAAAGAGAUGAAGACCACCGAGAUCCCUCUGCAGCACGCCGAAGCCGUCAUCCUGUCAGAGACGAUCAGUCCUCUGCGGCCUCAGAGACCGAGGAGUCAAGUUCUCAACCAGAUCGGGGGAGACCGUCGCCUCUCCGUGUCCCCCGGACCCCCUUCUUCCUCUUCCUCAAACUCCUCCUCCUCGCUGGGACCACCGCCCAUCACACCCAGGAGCAAACUCUCCUUCAGCCUGCACGCUGUUUCCAGUCUGGAGCUGAACGGCAUGGGCUGCUCGGACAAAGGGGACACCCCUCCCCCGCUGCCGGUGAAAGGCAGCAACGCUGAUUACGGCAACCUGCUAGAUAAUCAAGACCUGACGAGUCCCUCGACGCCUCCUCCCCCGCCACAUCAAAGGGACCUUCCUCCUCCUCUGCCCAGCAAGACCCCUCCGCCACCUCCUCCCAAGACCACCAGGAAACAGGCCUCCAUCGAUUCGGGAAUAGUGCAGUGAACAAAGACGCCGACGGCCCGAACAACACAUUGACGACGCAACAAAAACAAAACGGUUCCCGCUCCCACCCAAAAGCGUCUGUUUUUACCCACACAUUCCUCGCUCCCUGUACCUCACUGCAGCACGCCCCUUCUUAUCCUGUUUUUCUUUCCCUUUAUUUUUAAUUCUUUCUUUCCAUCUUGUUUUGCGUACAGUUUGAGGUGUAUGCAGUCUGCAGCAGGCGUACAGGAGUAGUCCCUGAAUGCAUUCAUGCCGUCUGUGCCGCUCUGAGUCUUUAUCGGGACGUUGUGUUCAGAUACGCCCCCCCCCCAACGCUGACCCGCUCUCAAGUCUACGGGGGCACAUCGCUCAUUAAGAAAUCUCAUUUACUCAUAUCUCCACUAUGUACAGAGGUUUGUACAUAUGAUUUUAUUUUAUUUCAUUUUUUUUUUUUUAUGUGAUUUGAUCAUGCAUAUUUUGUAUUAACGUAUCAUUAUAUUAAGUGGCAUUUAUAUGAGAAUAAAAAAGGGCUCGUAGGUUUUGACUUCACCGAGUUGGUGUGCGAGAGAGCUGUGAUGGAUUUUAUUGUUACAUGUUGGAGUGCACGUACAACUAACUCCUUUUGCAUUAGCGUUGUUCAGACCUUGUCCUAGAUUGCUGUAACCUUGGUUUUCAAUAAUAUUCCUAAUUCACUACUGACAUGACUUCUGAAUAAACUCUCAAGAUGUAUGUAUUUUUUAAAGAAAUAUGUCUGCCUCGUUAUUUUUGUUGACAGCAAGAGAUGCUGGAAAUAGAUGCGAGUGUUCCUGUACAGUUUUUGUGUAAACCCAAGACCAACCGGCUAUCGGUGCACGCUUCCUCUCGUCGACACUCGGCAGCGCAGCGUUCCGCCUGGUGAUUGACAGCCGUCACACGAGCAGCAUCAUUAUCAACACGGGCGCUGGUUUCUCUACCGGGACGCGUUGGGCCACGGAAUAGCUUCUAUCUAGGCUAACGCGAUCUCAUCUCCAUAAUGUGUCCGCUCGCCGUGAGAUCGGUUCUCUUUCUCAAAGCUGGAAGUGUGAAUCUGGAAUGUGUCCCAUAUCUGGAAUAUAGUUCAAAUCGCAGGGAGCAGCUUUGUCCUUCUUCUGCCUUCUUUUCUUUUGUCUGUUAUAGAAACUGCUGACGGUCAUUCUUCACUUUCUCUAUUAAAAAUGGUAUAAUAAUUUAAA